CUACAAGUUCCAGGGUGCCCAGCGGCGCGCUCGGGGUUUCUGGCCGCGCGGCCCGCCGGCUCGGAGCCGGUCGCCGCGGGCGUGCACACACCACCGGGUCCCGAGCGGCUCAGGGAGAGACUCUCCCAGCACCGUAAAUAGAGUCCAAGUGGGCGGGGAGCCGCCCCGCGCCGCCCGCUCAUGUCUCUGCGGAGCCAAGUGUCCGGCCGCCUGGCACAGCUGCGCGCGGCGGGGCAGCUGCUCUGCGUCCCGCGCCCCUGGCCCGGCCCCUCGGCGGGUGCCACGCGGACCCGCAGCAGCGCGUGCGGUCCCCCGGCGUCCCUGGGCGCCUGCGGCCCCGGCGCGCGGACCCCAGCGGGAGUUGGGGCUUGGGGGGCGGCGGCGGUGGGGGAGAGGAGAGCCGGGGUGCGCACCUGGGCCCCCCUGGCCAUGGCGGCGAAGGUGGACCUGAGCACCUCCACCGACUGGAAGGAGGCAAAAUCAUUUCUGAAGGGCCUGAGCGACAAGCAGCGAGAGGAACAUUACUUCUGCAGGGACUUCGUCAGGCUGAAGAAGAUCCCGACAUGGAAGGAGACGGCGAAAGGGGUGACCGCGAAGGUGGAGGAGCCAAAGUACAAGAAGGAUAAGCAACUGAACGAGAAGAUCUCCCUGUUCCGAGGCGACAUCACCAAGCUGGAGGUGGACGCCAUCGUCAACGCCGCCAACAGCUCCCUGCUAGGAGGUGGCGGUGUGGACGGCUGCAUUCACCGGGCCGCUGGACCCCUCCUCACCGACGAGUGCCGGACCCUGCAGAACUGUGAGACCGGCAAGGCCAAGAUCACCGGCGGCUAUCGGCUGCCGGCCAAGUAUGUCAUCCACACGGUGGGACCCAUCGCCCACGGAGAGCCCAGCGCCAGCCAGGCUGCCGAGCUCCGCAGCUGCUACCUGAGCAGCCUCGACCUGCUGCUGGAGCAUCGGCUCCGCUCCGCGGCAUUUCCCUGCAUCUCCACCGGCGUGUUUGGCUACCCCAGUGAGGCGGCGGCGGAGGUGGUGUUGGCCGCGCUGCGCGAGUGGCUGGAGCAACACAAGGACAAGGUGGACCGGCUGAUCAUCUGUGUGUUCCUGGAGAAGGACGAAAGCAUCUACAUGCAACGGCUUCCCCACUACUUCCCUGUGGACUCGCCUGGGCCUACCGGACCUCGCUCCCAGCUCUAAGAGGUCUCCGAAGCCUGCAGCUGGGCCCGGGACCCCCCCCCCCCAUUCUUCCCCUCAGCCCCCGGUGCCUGAGGAGCCUCCUAAUAAAGACCACCCUUGUCACAGCU